AUGGCGGCGUCCAGUAACGCGGAGCGCUCUCCGGAGAUAUCGACGGCGUUAAAGAUACCGAAAACCGAAGUGCCAUCCCCUGAGUCGGAGGAUCUGAGUGACAGUAAUCAGUACCACUCCAACCCCUCCACACCGAACCGCUUCUCGCCUUUGAACGUGGGCUCAGGGACGGCGGGCCGGACGGCGGCCUCAUCCUCCUCCAACAGCUUCACGGCUUGCCGAGGGAUGUCGUGGACCCCGUCCGAGACGAACGCCCUCAUCGCGGUGUGGGGCAACGAGAGGCUGACCGAGGCGAGGAUGCAGCAGCUGGAGGUCGCAGGCACCGUGUUCUCCGGCAAGGCCCCCGGCCCCGCCAUGUACGAGCGGGUGUCCAGAGCCUUGUCGGAGCUGGGAUAUGAGAGGACCCCGUCCCAGUGCAGGGAGAGAAUGAAGACGCUGCGGCGCUGUUACAGCCGCGUGAAGGAGCACGGCAUCGGCAAAAGGAAGAGCAGCUACACUAUUGAGCAGCUGGAGAAGGUGUUUGGUCAGGGAGGCUGGGACUCCCAGAGCUGUGCCCCGGUGCUGAUCAACAGCAGUGGGCUGUAUCAGGAGAUGGAGUCUGAUGGCAGCACCCUGGAAGACUUCUCCCAGGAGGACUGGUGCAACCAGGUGCUGGACUCAGCCUUCCAGGAGGGAGACAUGGAGACUGAAGAAAUCCAGGUGCCUAAAAACAGGGCUUUGCAGAUUCAAGCAGAGCUGUCAGAACAAACCCAAAAAAGGGACAUGAUGCAGACUGUGAUGCGUAUCCUUGAGUCAGUGCAGCUGAAAUGGGAGCACUUCCAGACGUGGACUGAGUUCUCACGGCUGCACCUCUCCAACAAACUGGCCAUCUUUGGCGUGGGCUACAACACGCGCUGGCGUGAGGACGUGCGUUACCACUACGCUGAAAUCAGCUCACAGGUGCCGCUGGGCAAGAGGCUCCGCGAGUACUUCAACCCAGAGAAGCCAGAGGGGCGCAUCAUCAUGACCAAAGUUCAGAAGAUGAACUGGAAGAAUGUCUAUUACAAGUUCCUGGACAUAACCAUCAGUGAGGCGCGCUGCCUGGAGCUGCACAUGGAGGUGGACUGGAUCCCUGUAUCCCAGUCCAGGGUAGCAGGCUGCAGCAAAGGCACAUUCCACUACCUCCUUCCUGGGGACAUCCCCAAGGCGUACGGACUCUACGCUAUUGGCUACGAGGCGGUGUCGUCCUCUCACGACACCACUCAGACCUCUCCCCAAGGUGAUAGUGAAGACCAUAGCUUACCUCAGUGCGAGUCAGAGAACGGGGCACAGGCUGAUGGAGAAGGUGCAGGGAAAGGUGACAGGACUGGGGUUAAAGUCACUUACUGCUACUUAGGCAUAGCUGAGGAUAGGACCAUACAGCAGUGUCUCUUUCAGCACUUUCAGGGUUCAGGCAAACACUAUGUCCAUAGCGAACCCUCCGCUGUGACCCGUUUACUGCAGGAGAACUGCCGCGUUGACAGCACAAGUCAGGAUGGUGAGGGAGGUGAAGACUCGUGUCAACGUUUUGCCAUUUACAUAAAAUUCAUUGAGGUGGAGCUGGACUUCCUCUCAGCAGGCUCCCUGGUGGAGUGCCUCGAAACUGCUGUAGGUUAUUCCUUGAAAUACAACCACAAAGAAACAUUGUAACUAUGCUCAGUGUUUCGGAAUUGUAUUGACUUAAGUUAUAAUUAACAAGUGUUACAGCUGGUAAGGCAACAUGAAAGGUGACCAAGUCUGUCUGUAAUGAAGCAUGGAUGCGUGCAAGAGUCUGGAAUGUUUUUGCAGCCUUUCAGCUCAAUUGAACAGAUUUUCAUUCGACACUUAUUAAGUCUAAAAGAAUGACUAUGCACAAUAUGGCAAAUGUAUUGUGUAGAAAUAUGGGUUUAAGUAUUACAGAGCUGCAACAUCCAAGAAGUAUGUACUUAUUAUUUUAGGCUAAUGUGCACUACAAAGGUUUCUGCUGCUUGUUUAGUGUAGAUAAAUAUUGCCUCAUCAGGGAGUGUGGGUCGGCAAGGUGACUACUGCAGUAUGCAUCUGUCUACCUCAGUAGGAUGUAGCAAACAAGGCAGCGAGGGGACCAUAGCGUGUAUUUAUUCUAAAACUGCCUUUACUUUGACUGUUGAGGUCUGGGCCUGAAUUCACACAUCUAAGAGUUACGGCUGAUUUAUGCCUCAUGUUUUGCACGUAUCACUGGGCUGCAGCUAGGGAUGCUUCCAUGCAAAUUUAGGAGAAAAACAAAGAAUAAGUAUUUGCCAAUGCUGUGCAGAUGGUAUUAGCCGACGUGGAUACCUUUUUAUCCAGCAGUGUGAGCACUGGGUGCGCUUGAAAACCCAGCCGGCCAGUUUGCUGUGGUUUCCUCCCUGUUUCAAUUCAGCACACGAAAGGACACAUGCAGUUUAUGCCACUGAUGGCUCUGAGCAAGGUAGCAAAAUACCAUGUGUACUGACAGCAUCUUAAAUAAUUCAGACUAAUGAAAACAUUUUUCACAUGGCUUACCAUGGCUGAAUGCAAAUGGGAGAGGUUCUGUAGUGUCUUGGCAACACUUACAAGCUGUACAGACAAGAAAUCAAAGUUUAUCAGGAUCUCUACCACUCGCUGCUGUUUUAUCAGCUGAAAGACAUUCCAGUGUCAUAUCUGCUCCUUCAUAUGGCACCUGCACUCCAUUUAACUGGGGUUUCUGCCCUAGCACAAACAAAUGAACAUUUUUAAAGCUAUCUCAGUCCUCUGUUUAGCUCUCUUGCUGGCUUUGUUGCAUGGUAUUUUAUAGGUCUAUUGUACAUUCGAAUGCUUGACUAAGUUGAUGGUAUUCAGAGUUUUGCUCCUGCACAAGCAAAAUCUGUUCUAUUAGUUGAAUUUUGGCUUUGCUAGGUAUUCUGAAAACUGCCAGAUCAGUUGAGACAUUUUUCAUUUACUUCCUGUGUGUUUUUUGUGCCAUGCUAUCAGCUGAAAUGAGAAAUCACUGAUAUUACACUGGAGUACAAAUGUAGAGUGAGUUGAUAUGUGUUGGUGAUCAGUACUUUUUGAGCAUCUCUAGCUGCAGCUGUGGGGUUGUGGGUUUCCAUUUCAGGCCUACACCACAGGAGCUGUGUUGAUGAGUUACCAGCACCUCCCUUUUACUGGUAAUUUAAAUGCAGUCUUGCAGAUAAUACAUAAUUGUGCCAGUGGUUGUGUUAAUCUUCUUGCUUACAGGUUUAAACCAGGCCUACGAGCACUGAUCUGCAACUUCUAGUAAAGUUAAUUCAUCCAUGACCAACAAUCAAACUGAAUUCUUAAUGAACAUGAAUCCUGAGGUUAUGUGCAAUGUGCCAGGAAAGGACUGUGUAGAGAAGAAUCAAACAAUGGUUAAGUCCAUAUUGAAUCUGUGUAUGAAAUCUACCUUAUAUAUAUCUAUAAUAUAUAUAUUUAAGAAUAUUGAUGUUCUUGAGCAUUCCGGCUUUUGCAGACUUGCAAUGUUCAUUUGUUUGGUUAUACAGUAUAUAAAGAUAAAUAUGAUAUUUUCUAU